AUGCUAACCUCAGCGAUCUGGUAUUGUACUACAGACAACUUCAGCACUCUCAUCUCCUCCGGGUUUCUGAAAAUUAACGUCAGAAACGAAGUACCCCCAAAAAGAACAGGCAUCACGUGGACUGGACAUGGCCGUGUCAUGGAAGAUAGAUCAAACCCUAGUCUUGAUCAGAGUUCACGGCUGACUACUCUGCAGGAGGUCUGGAAAGGUAUAAUCAUUUUGCCUGAGUUUUUAUUCUCUUUGACUUCGCUGGCACGUGGUGACAAGCUCUGUUCCUUCCUGCUGCCGCUGGCCCGUGCUUCUGCACCUCUGCCGUCACCUCAGACUUCAGACUUCGUGCAUCCAAACCAGAGCAUCUCCCCCGCGCCACCAGGUGUUCCUGGGAUGUCCUCCUAUCUGAUUAAUGAGGCCUGCAUUGCCCCAGUGCAGCUGAUGAUCCUGGGGGUCUCUGAAGGAAAUGAGACUUCCCUCCUCACCAAGAUGAGUGACACACAGGACAUUCAGGAAGCUUCGAAGGCCCUGCAGAGUGAUGCCAGCAAGCAAGAAAUGAAGAAACCAGAGCAAGGAGACGACAAACUUAAAGCUCCCCCAACAAAACAGCAAUCUUCGGUACAUUUUUUCCCAAAGACAACAUGUUCAGACGACAUAACACCACCGCUGUCACUGUCCUUGUCCCACGAAAUACCUCUCGGUCACUAUCUGCCCAGUUCUCAGAUCAGUGGAGUAACUAUAUCAACAAUAGGACCACUUGCUUCUAAAUCUACCAUGAGCUGUUUCCCGGCAGACACCAGCUUUGGUAAGCAAAAUAUAUCUUCUAACUGUCCAAAGAAACAGAUACUGAGCCUCAACCCUGAGCCAUCUAUGAUUGGGGAAGGAGAUGAUUAUUUCCUGUCUUUGUUUGGUGAUCCAGAGAAACUUAUUUCACAGUCAGGACACACUGAGAAAGUUUACAAACAUUUUUCUAUGAUUCUUGAAGAAGUUGGCCAAUCUACAUCCAGUUCUCUUGGUGAUAUCAAAAUAGCAGAAGUCAAUGUGCAGGGUUUAUUCGUAAGGCUCAUUAAUGCUUCACGUGACAAAGAACUAGACAUUGGAAAUCAUAUUCUCCAGCAAAACGUGAAUGGACAAACACUCUCCUUGUACCGAUUCCUCCCGAACAUCGUAAUGCAGGCCAAUUCCACGGUGACUGUGUGGGCAGCAGCGUCAGAAGCAAAGCAUCAGCCGCCGUCAGAUUUUCUCUGGAAGGAACAAGACAGAUUCAGAACGAGCCCGGACUGCACAACGAUCCUAUGCAAGCCUAACGGUGAAGCCAUUGCCUGGUAUACCCCUAUCCACUGGAAGCAAGCAUGGGAAAAAUUAGAGACUGACAUAGAAUUUGACCGAUGUGCAGUAGUCACUCCGACAUUCCGAAGGCACAUGUUUCGAUGGACAAUGUCUACAACUUCAGUAGCUAAAGAUAAACAAGACCAGCCUAAGAAAGCUACCUCAACAUAUGAGGUGGAGCAAGAUCAACAUUUUCUCAAGAGAGAAAAGGAAAUCCCACCAACCCUCUUCCCCAACCACAGCCCUUGGUGCCACAGUCCCUCUGUCCCUGCACAUCCCUACUCUCCUCUGAUUGAACCAUUUGAUGCAUUCACUCCUGGAAGAAGCUUGAGUGGACCGCCCACGUCUCAGUCAACUAGGCCUGAUCUAGCCUCAAUCUACAUCUUGAGACAGCACGGUACUGAGGUGCUGGUCGGCGGCAGCCUGGAGUUCCUCCUGCCGGGUCAGGCAUGCCUGCGGGCUGGCAAUGUGCAGCUAAUUUGCACGGGGAAAAAAUUUCCACCUCUGAAUCUAUCUGUACACACUCGCUGGAGCCCAGAAGAAACUUCAAAGAACUUAGAAGUCUUUUCAGAGACUCUCGGCAAAUCAGAACUCUCUAAGUAUUUGUCUAAGAAGCCACUUAAGGCUCUUGCCAGCACCACACAGCUGCCCCCCCGGGCCAACCGGAAGUCACCUCGCACUCUUAGCACAUCGCCCUCACCAGGACACUGCUCCCAGACCAGGCUGUUGGCCUCAGGUCCGGCAGCCCAGCUCUGA